AUGUUGGAUGCCCUGACAUAUCAGAAAGGGGAAAGAUUAUUUAUUAUAAAUAACUUUAACGCACAGGUAUGGCAUUUGGCAAAAAAGAGCGGCGAGGCACUGAUAUUGGAGUAUUACAACACUCUGCUGGGUGUCGACGAGGAGGAUUCCAAAUCUGUAAAUCUGACGAAGUUCUUAGCGAGCAUGAGUGUAGAACCAGAUGGGAAUACCUAUGGCCUGCUAUUAAAUGCAAUCAUAAAGGCGGGCAACAGCGAACACUUGUGGCACAUCUUGUCUGUUAUAAAAGAUAAGAAUGUAACUAUCUCUGAGAAGGCGAUCGAUACAUUAGUACAGAUUUGCACUGUUAAGAAUAAUGUUGCCGAAGUCGAGCAAAUGAUAACACUAAUGCAGGAGGCGAAACUGCCUACGGCCAAGGCAUAUACCGAACUGGCUUGUAGAUAUGCGAAACUCGGCGAUAUUCCAAAUCUGGUAAAAAUAUUAAACGAUGAGCCGCAGGACAACGCGAAUCUUUUGAGGAUAAUAAAGAUUCUGAACAUGUCCAACAACAGCCGGCAUAUCCCGGUUAUCUUGAACUUUCUAAUGACUUCAGAACCAACGAUUGAGUCUGAAAUCUCCAAGAUGAUCGUGGAACUGAUACGUGCUGAUCAGGUCGCGGACGCUCACAUUGUCAUAAAUUAUCUCACGAUGAACGACGCGACGAAGGAUAUCGCGCGGAGUCUUGUAAAUAGCUUUAUGAACGAAUUAGUGACAUUAAACGUGUCGAUUCAGAAUAUUAUUAGGUACGCGAACGAUUUUGUUGAUUCCAGCUGCAGUCGACAAGCAUUGACCGAUGUAGGGCAGAUCGGUUUGAAGCUGGGUAGAGAGAAACUGUGCUUCGCGAUAUUCGAGGCGAUGAGAUGUAAAGUAUAUCCAUACAUAAAUACUGCGAGGCCGAUUGACGCUUUACAGAAACUUCAGCUGAGUAACAUACCAAAAGUUAUCAUGUUUACGCCUCUAUUAUCUUUUUUGUUGCAGCACAAUCGGUUGCAUGAUGUAAAGGUACUGUGCAACUACAAAACCGCGCCCACCGUGUAUUAUAAAGAACUGAUGAUGCCACUAGUGCGCUCUUAUCUCGCUACGAAAGACACCAAUACUUAUAUAACAUUAUUGAUGGCGUUUCCACAAGGUCAAGAUUUCAUCGGCUUUUUUUUUAAAGCAUUGAUGAAAUAUUCGAUUUCGCAAAACGAAUUUGAGCUUAUUUUGGAAGAAUUGACAAAACAUAAGGCGAAAAUAUCGCAAGAGGAGGCGAGCAUUCUUAAAAAUCGGCUGCAAAAUAGAAAUUUUACUCUCAAAAUGAUGAAUCUAAUAGACAAUCUGACUGAUCAAACUAUUAUGAAAAAUGUCCCGUCAAUUUCCCACAUGAUGUUCAUGAACACCAAAGAAUUAACAUGUUACAAGGUGGAGCUGAAGCAUAAGAAAUUCAAUAUUCAUAAAAUUCUGCACAAAUUGCUGAUUAUGCACUGUCUCGAGAAUAAUCUCAAACAGGCCGAAGAGAUAAAACGCGAAUACAAUGCGUGUCAAUACAAAUGGUCGCCCGGCAUGAAGUUGCUUUUAUUCGAAUUAUAUCUCAAACACGACAAGCUGAACGAGGCCGAAGCGCUGAUGGCCGAUUUGCAGACAUCCGAUAAAAUCGUGUUAGACAGAAUUAAAAUUAUUAGAUACGCCAUUGCAUUGGUGAAGGCGGAUAAUCCUACCAAGGCUUUUGAUGUUAUUGAGAAGAUCAGUAUCAUUAAUCACGAAGUAAACAUGCAGGAUUAUUGUUGUACACUUUUGCAGGUCCUAGCAAAGAGUCGGUAUCACGCGCGCACGGCAGAUAUGUUAAAACUGCUCUUGCAGAGAAAUUACUGUGAAAUAACCGUGGAGCUGUUAAGGCCAUUGAUGAUGAUAUCGUUAAAACACAACAACAUCCAGGACACCGUAAAUGUAUUCACGGAUUGCGCGCAAAAGUAUCGUGAAACGCCGUUGGCAUUGGAAUUGUUAACAAUAUUGUUACAAGAGAAGUACAGUACAAAUUUGUACGAUGCGAAUAACUAUAUAGAACAAGUAUAUGAUAUAAUAGCUGCUACCCAUUCCGUCGAUGUGGCAAACACGAUACUGGCGAUAGCAUUAGCGACAUUAAACAAAACAGAGAAACUGCAGACUUUAUUACAGAAUCACAAACUCUCUACGAAAUCCCUUGUAUAUUAUAUUUAUAACGUAGAAAAUAACUGCAGUUUUGACGGCUUUCAAAACAUCUUAAAAGUAGCCGAUGCGAAUCAUGUAAAUCAAACUGUCAUAUGUGAAACGCUCCUUAUCGCUUACAGUCGAAAGGGAAAUUGCAACCGUGCUUUAGAACUGUGGAAUAUUAUGUGUACGAAAAAUAUCGAGCCUAGUGAAGUAUUCAAGAAUAAUUUUAUUCAAUUUUUAUUGUCAAACAAAAUUCCGCUUCCGUCAGAAUUGGACGGAAUGAAAGAAUUUGGAUGGAAAAAAGUUAGUGAUUAAUGAUUUUAAAUACUAAGAUUUCUGGCCAUUUAUCACUGCUGUUUAGAUUGUGACGUCAGAAGCGAGAAAUUUCACCCAUGCACAUAAAAAUUUUUUGCAAAAUAUAUUUAAGUAGAAAUAUUUUU